GUCAUCACCCUCUCUUCUUUCUCACUCACUUAAUCUACCCAGGAUCCUUAUCUCCUUUCCCAAACAUCUCCCUGUUCAACGUCUUAAAUACGGUUGACAUCGCCACUUGCCGUACUCGAAACCGAUCAUGUUCUGACCGCGACCCCGGAACUACCGCUGAAAUGUCCGAGACUGGUCGGACGAGGGCCUCGGCCUCUCAAGCCCGGGCGCCUCUCGCGGACGCGACGCAACGCAUCAAUAAUGCUUCCUCCAAAAUCCCCGUCAAAUCAUCAAAGUCACGCGACAAAACCACCGGUCAUUCACAGAAUGCUGCCGCUUCGGAUCGCCAACGCCAUACCAACGACUGUGACCCGCCGGUCUCUGGAGCGAGAGCCACAGCUGCUUCGGCUGGUCCACCUAGCGCUCGAAACCCUGCUGUUGCAAGAGCGCGAGCAUCACAUGAUGUCGACCCGUCGAAGCGCAUGUCUCAGGCAUCUCAGGCCUCCACGACCACGUCGAGCAAGAGAAGCAGCGGAUAUGCUUACAAGACACACAUUGGUCCCUGGUUGUUGGGCAGAACACUCGGAAAGGGCUCAUCGGCUCGCGUGAGACUCUGCAAGCAUCGUCUGUCUGGUGAAUUGGCCGCCGUCAAAAUUGUGCCCAAGAAGACAGCCUAUCUGAUCCAAGCUGGCAGUCUUGCUGAACUACACGACUACGACGACAGUUUGCCCGAGAAGAUCAAUGGCGAGAUGCGUGUGCCUCUUUCAAUCGAGCGAGAAGUGGCCAUUUUGAAGCUGGUCGAUCACCCCAAUGUUAUGAAGGUGUAUGAUAUUUGGGAGAAUCGAUCAGAGAUUUAUCUGGUACUUGAGUAUGUUGAACAAGGCGACUUAUUCGACUACAUCAAUACCAACGGUCGGUUCACUGAGGAAGACGCCAUGUUUCUCUUUCGGCAAAUGAUGAGCGCCCUUCAAUAUUGUCAUUCCUUCAACAUCUGCCAUCGAGACCUCAAGCCCGAGAAUAUCCUGUUGACCCCCGACAACAAGGUAAAAAUUGCCGACUUCGGCAUGGCCGCUUUGCAUCAAUCUUCGGAGCACCGACUUGUGACGGCUUGCGGCAGUCCUCACUACGCUGCCCCUGAGCUCUUGAAGCACAAGCACUAUCGAGGAGAUAAAGCCGAUAUUUGGUCUCUGGGCGUCAUUCUCUAUGCCCUUCUAGCCGCGUGCCUGCCCUUCGAUGACCCCGACAUUGGUGCACUGCUCCAGAAAACCAAGAGGGGCAUAUACGAGAUCCCAGAUUUCUUGAGCCCUGAAGCCAAAGAUCUCAUCCGUCGCAUGCUUGUGGCCAAUCCUGAUACAAGAAUUAGCAUCAAGGAGAUGUGGCAGCAUCCACUGAUUCGGAAGUACGAUUAUCUCGACGACCUUGGCAACAACUAUCAACUCAACGACCUCCGCAAGGGCUUUCACUACACCCCGCUGAAGCCUCAUGAAGUUGACCCUCAUCUGGUUAGGCAGCUUCGGUCACUAUGGCACAUGCUCACCGAACACCAGAUCAAGUUGAAGCUCAUGGACUCUGCGAAAAACGACCAGAAGCUGUUCUACUGGCUUCUUCACAGCUACCGCCAGAAGCAGCUGGAGAAUUUCCUCCCCGAGUUGUCGCAGUCUCCUAGUGACUACCAUCAUCUCCAUGAACCUGUUUGGAAGAAGAGGGUAUCCACUGUCGAGUUCAACCAGCCCAGAGCAGACGGAACGGGCAGAAGUGUCUCGCGCUUCACAGUCAUCUCCCAUGUUGCGGAGACAGAUGAUGGAACAAUUCAGAGCUACGAUCCUUACAACUCGAGCCGGCCUAUGCGAGGGCAUUCUCAGGCAAGCCAUGCAAAGAUUGUCGUUCAUCGCAAUCGUCGCGGCUCCAUGAAGCGGGACAAUACACAGACAUCGCAACUGUCACGCAUCAAGACAGGCUCGACGCUGCGUCACUCACGCGUCAACUCCCAGCGAACAACACACUCUGGCCGCUUCCAGUCUCCCCGCAGCUCAAUGAAUUCGCUCCAUAGCAGCAGACAAGGAACCUCUUAUAGCAGACCGGCUUCCCGUCACAAGCGAGGUAUCGACUUUUCUCACAUAAGAAAGAAGUCUACCGAUACCCACGCCGACAAGCGUCGUCGAGGUGCCCCGGGCGUCAUUGGAGAGGAAACUUACCUGAAGCGUCCGCAAUCUCCAAUCAGUCCGCCAAAGCGCAUUUCUAUGAUGGACAGACCUAGACCAAAGCUGAAGAUUGUGAAGCCUCAGGAUCCAGCGGUCAUUGUUAACGAGGAAGUUCGGCACUUCAGCAACAGCAUCGCAAAGGACUGCGAUGAAGCCUUCAACAGCUUCCUAUCUGUCGAUGAGACAACAGAGCUGGUUUUGGAAGACAAGAGUAGUGGUAUCAAGAGAGAGCCUACGGGCCUGUCUUUGAGCCCAGUAACACCCUCUCCCGAGACUUUGACGAAUCCUUACCAUCCAUGGGACACUCGACCCUUGCCGCCUUUGCCGCCUCCCAAAUCGACGCCAUCCUCGAUUUCGGAAUCUGAGAGGCCUAGCAAGAACUACGACCAUCCUAAGGACGCACAGCAUUCUGGCCGGGUCGGAAAGUUUGUUGAUCAAGUCAAUCGUCUAGGUUUUCCUACUCUACUUCCUAAGCAAGACCGCCGUACUGUAUCCGCACCUACACAUAGUCAAAGCAAAGUGACUGGUCGCUUGCCGGCAAUCAACGAGAAUGGGCGAGACUCGGAGUCUUCAUCCCACUGGGGAGAUGCUGACCGGAACAGGGUUGUAUCUGCCCCGCCCAAGACCCCUGGCGGAUACGCUGAAAAUGAUGGUCUUGAUUAUCUGGUCCAAGCAGGAGAGACCAUCCGUGUUGUCAACUCGCCCAGUGCAACGAGUCCGAUCCCGAAGCCUCUGAACGUGCGAAAGAAGACAGCCGAGCGACCAGCUUACGAGGACCAGGUCGAGGAGCGCUACGUCUACAUGCAUGGCGCGUCGGGUACAGAUGAACCAUCAACUCCAUCUGCUGCUACUUAUGGAAGUAGCACAACGAAGCAGAAGAAGUCCUCGUGGUUCAAGCGGUAUUCAAAGGAUAGCACUUCUAGAGAGGGUAGCAUCAAUACCGAGGCAACUCAAGAAACCCAGACAUACAGCAUGACAACGCAAUCUACAGCCCCAAGCCGCUCGGAGACAAAGAUCCACGAGCAUCCUCCCCCGGUUGCAACCAAGAAGAAGGGCUUCGGCUUGCUUUUCUGGAAGAGCAGCAAGGCCAAGUCAGAGGGGAAGAUGGCGAUUGCGGGUGAGCUACGAAUUACGAAGAUUGUACCCAUUGAGCAUGCCUCACUAACAUAUGUCACAGGUCCAGAUUACGAUGACUCUUCCUCUCCCGACGACCGAAGAGCUAUCGGACACGAAACGAGCCGGAAAUCAGUUAAGAGCUGGAACGCCUCUGAGAAGGGAGCUCGGACAAUUGCGGUUCAUCAAAACUGGCUGGCUCGCCUGUUCGGGGUCAAGCCCGCGACGAGCUACGUGUGUCUGGUCAUGUCACGCAAGCGAGCUCGGCAGGAAAUGGUCAUUCUCCUCAAAGACUGGCGACGUUAUGGUAUGAGAGAUAUCCAGGUCGAGAAGGAGAGAAAUAUUGUGUUUGCCCGAGUUGGGGCGCAGAAUUACUUAGGCAUGAAGGAAGUUGCAUUUGCCGCGGAGAUUAUGACAGUGAUCGAGCACGGGAAGAAAGGUCCCCUCUGCAUUGUACGAUUUACACAAGAGCGCGGGGCGGCCAGCAGUUUCCACAAGGUUGUGGACACGGUUCGAACGGUGUUCGGAUCGCGAGGGCUGGUUGUCGCCGACAAGUCCAAGGAGAAGAUGAUGAUCAAAACGCUCAAUUCCUGAGGAUGGACGAGAUUGCAUUUGGCGUCAGAAGGCGGGCGGCGACAUUUUUCUUUGGGGCACCGGCUCGGGAGGUUGCUUGACUGAGGAUCGACGGGUUCCCCCCACGAUUCUGCUUUUUCUUUCCUCACUUUUUCUUGCCAGUCACAUACCUGGGAUCAAGCAUAGGCUGGGCAUUUUCUUUUCGGAGGACAGGGAUUGAUUCAAUGCGAGCAUGGACUACGGAUGCGGCUCGACAUCAAGGGCCUUGGAGAGCAUUGGAGGAACUGGAGGAUGGAUAAUUACUGUGGUUGGAUGGCUUUCCCAGCACUGCAGCUGAGGUUUAUAUCCAUAUCACGAUGGAUUGGUGGUUUGGAGAUUCCGUCCGAUGAUUGAGAUUAUUCUUGAGCCAUCAACAGUUUCUUUGUAUGGCUGAGAGGCAAGGAGGCUAUUGUUCAUAGAGUCGAGCUGCAUAGGUACCCAAAAAGUUGAUUGCUAUUACAUUACAGA